AUGCAAUUCUCGCCAAGUUGCACCUUCGCUGCACCUCUUCUUUAAACGCAUUUCUCCAAACCCUAAUUCUCUUCCUUCUCUCUUCAAUUUUUUUUAAUUUUAUUUUAGCCCAAAUCUCAGAUCAGAUCUGCAUGGUUGUGGGUUAUUCCGGUGCAUAGAUUGUGAUUUUUUUCAAUUAUUUUUUCUGUUGUUUGUUUGGGUUUUGAAUAUUAAAGCUUUUUCUUCUGAAGGUGCGGGAUUAGAGAGAAAAGUAGUAGGGUAAAGAAAGCGGAGGGAUCAUACCAAUAUCAAUAGAUCUACUACUGCAUCUUUUGAGGGGGUAGCCGGGGCCUCGGCCUCGGCGGGUUUUAAAGCCCCCAUCUUUACAAACUCAAGAGAACAAAACCAUUCAUUUCUAACCGACACUUAAAUUAAGAAAAUAGAAAACCUUACCUUAACCUAACUUUUUCAGAUCGCAGCGCACGGAAUAGAAGGAUGUCUUCCCUGGCUUGUUGCGUAGAUUCUGCCCUUGCGCCUCCUGGCUACGCUUCCAACCCGGGGGAUAACACCUCCUUCUUUCCGUCGCCGGUCGCCUUUUCCGGCGUACCUCCAGCACCGCCUCCAACCACCACCACCACCAAUUGGUCACCUUCCCUCUCCGCCGCGCUUUACAAGCUUGACGGAUGGGGUGCUCCAUAUUUUUCUGUCAACUCCUCCGGCAACAUUUCUGUCCACCCGUACGGUGCGGAGACCCUGCCCCACCAAGAAAUCGAUCUCAUGAAAAUCGUCAAGAAAGUCUCGGAUCCUAAAUCCCUUGGCGGACUUGGGUUGCAGUUGCCGCUUAUUGUUCGCUUACCCGACAUUCUCAAGAACCGGCUCGAGUCUCUCCAAUCAGCUUUCAAUUUCGCUAUUCAGUCUCAGGGCUAUGAUUCUCAUUACCAAGGUGUUUAUCCGGUCAAAUGUAACCAGGACCGUUUUGUUGUUGAAGAUAUUGUUAGAUUCGGAUCUCCAUUCCGAUUCGGGUUAGAAGCCGGGUCGAAACCGGAGCUUCUUUUGGCUAUGAGCUGUUUGUGCAAAGGAAGCCCUGAUGCGCUUCUUGUUUGUAAUGGGUUUAAAGACGGAGAGUAUAUCUCUUUAGCUUUAUUAGCUAGAAAGCUCGCUUUGAAUACUGUGAUUGUGCUCGAACAAGAAGAAGAGCUUGAUUUGGUUAUUGGCUUAAGCAAAAAGAUGUCAGUUCGGCCUGUGAUUGGAGUUCGUGCAAAGUUAAGAACACGGCACUCGGGUCAUUUCGGGUCAACUUCGGGUGAGAAAGGUAAAUUCGGGCUAACAACGAUCCAGAUUUUACGGGUCGUGAAGAAACUCGAAGAAGCCGGAAUGCUUGAUUGUCUUCAAUUGCUGCAUUUUCAUAUUGGAUCUCAAAUUCCUUCAACAUCUUUACUUGCUGAUGGUGUAGGUGAGGCUGCUCAGAUCUAUUGUGAAUUGGUCCGUUUGGGUGCUAACAUGCAAGUCAUUGAUAUUGGAGGUGGACUGGGUAUUGAUUAUGAUGGAUCCAAAUCUGGUAAUUCGGAUCUUUCUGUGGCUUAUGGGCUUGAAGAGUAUGCUUUAGCUGUCGUUCAAGCUGUUAAAUUUGUGUGUGAUCGUAAGAAUAUUAAACAUCCUGUGAUUGCAAGUGAGAGUGGCCGUGCUAUUGUUUCUCAUCAUUCUGUUCUAAUAUUUGAGGCUGUAUCUUCGUCUGUGGUGUCUAGUGCUGCAGCUUCAAUGACUUCAGCUGGGUUUCAGUAUCUAAUGGAGGGGCUUGCGGAGGAAGCUAUUUCGGAUUAUAGGAAUUUAACAGCUGCAGCUGUGAGAGGUGAGUAUGAUACUUGCUUGCUUUAUGCUGACCAAUUGAAACAAAGAUGUGUUGAUCAGUUUAAAGAAGGUAGUAUCGGUAUGGAACAGUUAGCUGCUGUUGAUGGCUUGUGUGAGUUAGUUGGUAAAGCAAUAGGAUUAUCGGAGCCAACUCGUACUUACCAUGUUAAUCUAUCAGUUUUUACUUCAAUUCCUGAUUUCUGGGGGAUUGACCAGUUGUUUCCGAUAGUCCCGAUUCAUCGAUUGGACGAGAGGCCACUCGUUAGAGGGAUUUUGUCUGAUUUAACAUGUGACAGUGAUGGGAAGAUUGAUAAAUUUAUUGGGGGUGAGUCUAGUUUGCCACUUCAUGAAAUUGAGGGAGGUGGUGGUAGGCGGUACUACCUGGGGAUGUUUUUGGGCGGGGCUUAUGAGGAGGCGCUCGGUGGAGUUCACAACCUGUUCGGUGGCCCCAGCGUUGUGCGGGUUUCGCAGAGUGAUGGACCACAAAGCUUUGCAGUGACUCGCGCCGUUCCGGGCCCGUCUUGUAGUGAUGUUCUCCGGGUUAUGCAGCACGAGCCUGAGCUCAUGUUCCAGACCCUCAAGCAUCGGGCCGAAGAAUUUUGCCAUCAUGAUGAAGACAGUGAUGACGGUGAGAGUGAUCAUGGAAUAGGCAAUGGUGCUUUAGCUAGCAGCCUUGCUCAGUCCUUCCACAACAUGCCUUAUCUGGUGGCUACUUCAUGUUCAUUGACUGCUUUGAAUAAUGGUGGUUUCUACUACUGCAAUGAAGAUGCUACUGAUUCUGCUGCUGGUGAGGAAGAGCAGUGGUCCUACUGCUGUGCUUGAGAUAUUAGCGUCCCCACCAACUCUUAUUACAUAUGUAGUUGGUUGGUUUGUGCUAGAGGUCGUCGUGUUUAACUUUGUUUGUUUUCUUAUUAAUGUUGAUUCUCAAUUUACAUUUUUAUCUUUCUAUCUUAAGAGCAAAAGAUACAGUCUUUUGCAUUUUGUGGUUGAAAGAGGGGAUGGGUAAACCGAAUAAUCCAUCCUUUUGUACAUUCGGGAUCUUGUUCCCUCUUUUUUAUUGUCUCUUUUUAGUAGAUUUUUCCAAGAAGUGUUUAGUUCUAUUUCA